AUGUUUCACUUGUUGCACCACACCGCUGCAAGUGCAAGCAGUGAGGACACUGGCAUGCUCCACGAGACUGUGAUUCGUGUGGAAGGCACUGGAGAGAAACGCCUACUUCUGACUUGCCAGUUCCCUCUCACCUUCCUGCCGCGUGACACAGAGACCGCCACGGCUCUGGCAAGAUUCAAGGAAGAUUUCUACCGCACCAACACCACGGACAAGUAUCAAGACAAGUCUGAGAAACAGACAUUGACCUGUUCGCACGCAGACCAUGCGAUGGUCGUGCUGAGCUCGGCAGGGCAGGGCGUCACGGAAAGACCUUGGUGGAUGCGCACUGCGUGGCUUGUCGUCUCUACCCUGCUCCUGAUGGGCCUGCCGUUUCGCUGCUUCCUGUAUCGACGUGCGCAGAAAGUGGUAUGGCAUGUGCGGAAGCACUUCUCCAUCUUCCCCGCAACACCUGCCGUGGCACCGCUGCACUCGCUACAGCGCUCCCGUGACCCAGCUGUCGCCCGAGUCGGACGGCUGGAUCCAAACGUCCGCAUCGAGUUCGCUAGAGAAGGUGGAUUCUGGCAGCUCCCCCAGACUGCAGAAGACGACCUGCAGAUGGACAUCGAGGCCAUGGCUGGCGUCAGCUGCGCUGAAGCACCCGACUACUGGAAGAACCGCAGCUUGCAUGCUGACUUCCGCUGCGUGGAGCUGCUGGAAGAUGCAACAGACACUAUGCAGGUCCACAUCCAGCAACUCCUGGACGACUGCUUUGUUGCUGCGGCUACACGAGAUCGAAAAGGAGCCCUUCCCUCACGUCUCGUGGUGGAGAUGAUCCAACGCGUCGAAGACAGCGGCCUCUGGCAGAAAUACUCCGAUCGCCGGGCCAGGAUUGCGUUGAAGACCGACGAGGUCACCCAGCUGGAGGACCUGCCAGGCAGUGGCAGCUGCAAGACGACAAGAAGCCUCGGUGACCUCAACACGAGGCUGGAUAGCGGCAUUAACGAGCUCUACCUGUUCCACGGCUCCAGUCCUGCUGGCGUCCUUGGAAUAGGCUCUUCCGGUUUUAAUCUGGACUUUGCGGGCUCGAGUGCGGGCAUGAUGUUCGGCCCUGGGGCUUAUUUCGCCGAGGCGAGCAGCAAAGGUGACGAGUACGCCAGCGAGGAUCCCUCCGGCCUCUUCGCCGGGAAGUGUGCAAUGCUUCUUUGUCGCGUGGUCUGCGGCGAACUGUUUCGAGUGGAGGCCGCCGACCCGAGGUUGGUGAAGAAUUCCAGGACCGGCCGUUACGAUGGUACCCUCGGCGACCGGGAGCACGCGGCUGGCACCUACCGGGAGUUCGUGGUUUACGACCAGGCACAGGUCUACCCGGAGUACGUAAUCAUCUACCGGCGGUACUUCUACCAUCUUUCUGGCAUGCAUUUGGAUCCGUGGGAUCACAGGGUUCCUGGGGAGUCCCCUGACCCCUGCGUCCAGGCCAUUUGGAAGAUGGUUUGCACCACCUACUUCCCAAAAGCCCCUGCCAUGUGCAAGCCGGGGGAGAAGGUCCCAUACCUGCUUCCCUGCGAUGGCCAGUGCAGGAGCUACACGGAGGCAUGCCAAGUUGAGUGCUGCGACGAAAGUGUCCAAUGCGUUCCCGAGAAGGGCGUCAAGUACCAGAAGCCCUAUGCGAACUUCACAGGGUAUGGGUCCCAUCCUGACUGUACCUCCGCCGCCACGCGCAGUGGAGGUCUCUUCUCCAUUGCCAUGCUGCUGGCGCUAGCGGCAACUGGCGGAGAUAGCGGCCUGGGCCGCGGCAGGUCUUCCGGCUUGUUUCUCGGCCUGGCUUUGGCGAUCUCCACCUUCUCCUUGCAAGGUUGUGACAUCAUGGAAAGCCACGAGGUGGGCAGAUGGGAGCAGAGGCCCAGCUACCUGAUGGACUUCUCAGUGUCCAACACCAUGCUACAGGCGGACACAGGGGCUGCUCCAACUCGCGGAAGUGGGAAGGUGGUAAAUUCCUGCUCGGUGAAGGGCUUGGCGGAUGCACAGAAGUGCAGCGGCCACGGCAUCUGCCAGAGCUUUGCAGAAGGUGUAGCCUUCUGCCAGUGUGCACCGGGCUACUCGGAUCCCGAGUGCCGCACCGGGCGGAAGUCCCAACGAACUGCUUACCUGCUGUCCCUCUUCACAGGCUUCCUGGGAGUUGACCGCAUUUAUCUUGGCGAGCUCUCCGUGGGCACGCUGAAGUUGGCCACGCUGGGCGGGCUUGGGCUUUGGUGGGCCUGGGACAUCGUUCAAAUCGGGUCCGCGCCCAUUCAAACGAAGUUUCAUGGCCGUUUGGCAGCGGAUUUGCCUCACCACAUCUUCGUGCUGAGUGCGGUGCUGUGGAUAGCACUCGUGGCCUACUUCCUUUUCGGAGUGAUAGGCGCCAUGUGGCACGAGAACAAAAUCCUGCACAAAGCCUUGCUCAAGGUCGAAAAGCUCCACGACCAUCUGGCCAAGCGAAAGUUGAUAAUGCGUGAGCAGGAUUCUGCGGGCGGGCAGCCGGGCGGCGGGGUGACUUAUCAUCCGGCAGUGGCCCCACCGCCCAUGCAGGGCGGCAACCUCUACGGGGCCAUGGAAUCCGCACCAGCAGAGGUGAAGCUGUCUGCCUACAACAACCCCCUGUCAGCCUACUACAUGUAUGAGAAGGCUGGGCACCAACCUGAAGUCCAAGGCUCAGGCGCUUUCAGUCGCAGUGCUGGGCCGCCCUUUUCCCUCGGCUGA